UCUCUCAGGAAUGAAGGGGUUAUUGUUGGGGGAAGAGUUGUGUACAUAUACUUAAGAUGACUUCUUACUGCAGCAGGUACCACUCCCCACCUGUCACCUGAGAUGAGGACGAAUGACUGAUAGCAACAAGAUGUACUGCUCCAGCAGAAUCCAGGUUGUGGUGAUACUAUUCCUUGUAACCUUUGCAGCAGCAGUGGCCAUCUCAACUCCCACUUAUGAAUGGACAGAUGAGUCUGGCAUGACAGUUAUGUGUCAGAAGUGUCCACCUGGUACGUAUGUGGCCAAACAUUGCUCCUCUAAACAUCAAACAGUAUGCCAAGUGUGCCCAGAUGAGCAUUAUACCCAGUAUUGGCAUUACCUAGACAAGUGCCGAUUCUGCAAUGUCAUCUGUCAGGAAGGAGAGCAAGUGAAAGACAAGUGCAAUUCAACACACAACAGGGUAUGCGAGUGCCAGCCUGGCUACCACCACAACGGCCACUACUGCGUCAAAGAUCUGCAGUGUAAUUUUCAAGAUGCUGUACAAGAUGAAGCCACAGAUGAAGCCUGUGACAAGCUGGUAAUAGAUUUUAUUUUGAAACUGAAUAUUUCGACAGCCACCCUACAGCGACUGGAAUUCAAAAUUAAUAACCACAAAGGAAGGAAACCCAUAAGCCAGAGAAGGAUCCGUAAUCUCUUAAGAGAGUUUAAAAACCGUGACCCAGGUCUCCCUCUGCUCCCACGACUUCUGGUUUUCUUACAAGAAGCCAAGAUAUCCGGUCUAGAAAAAAAGCUCAGAAAGAAAUUCUUACUGAAGGAAGAAUCGUGAGGUCGGAGAAGCAGCCGUACCUCAUGCCUCGUCUAGGAACGGACUAUAACAUAGAACUGUACUUAGUAUAAUGUUGUGUUUAAGAAACUUUGUUUUGAGUGAUUUCAGGAAAUUUUUUAAACAUUUUUGUAACACUUUUAUAACGCAUCACUGCCACAUCUAUGUUACCUUUUAUAGUCCCUUAAUUUAUUAUAACCUUCCCCCUCAGCUA